AUCAAAGAUUGUUAUUCAUCCGGGGAGUUCGGCGCAGACACGAUGGUUCGAAAUUCCACCGAAAUCCCUUCGGUUGGAAUGUUUUGACCUAAAAUGUGACUUUAUAGAAAGUCGUUUUCACUGAUUUCCGCGUAGGAAUUAUUUUCUAGUACGAAUAUUGAAAAAUGGAUUCGAGUGACGACAACAGUGACAGCGAGCUGUUUUUGUCUGCAGCAGGUGGAGUCAGAGACCUGCCAGAUUUCCCCGUCCCAGAACAUUCCCAGUUGAAACCUAAGUUAGAUUCCAUAUUUGCUGAAGUGGAGAAAAAUCUUCCGUCCAUUGAUUUUGACCUAUCAGAUGUAAGUUCUGACAAUGAGGAUCAAGAAAUUUUCCACCGAUCUUUGUUCAACACUUCAUUGUUUGAUGAUGAUAAAGAUCUAGACACAAGUCAAUGUGGAGAGACAUUCUCGGAACUUCUGCGACCAAGUGUAGACUCUCUCUCCCUGGCAAAUAUUAGACUAGAUGUAGAAACAGACACUAUAGAGACCCAGGACAAUGACACAGUCAUGGCAGGCGCACAAAGACCGAAAAAUCAGGGAGGAAAAUCUACAAGCUGGACAGAAGUGGUCAUUGAAGCUCAUGAUGAGAAGGACAAAUUUAAAGAGAGAAAAAGUGUAGCCAGUAUUUCAACAAUGACCCAAUGUGGAAGUCAGACAGACGAUGACUUCCCACCCCUGGCUGGUGCAUUUAGUGCAAUGGAGGAGGAGCUUGGCAUGGAGAAGAAAGUUGAAACAGUCAGCGUAGAUGAAGAGUUGGAGAAACAUGAGAAAGAGUCAACCAGUGAGACAAAGGCUAAGGCCAGCUCAUCAUCUGGAGUGGGAUCGUAUCAGUCAGGGGACAAGCGUAUGAACAGAAUGGUGACAGCAGAGGAAAUUAGGAGGAGUGAGAAAGAACUGGUGUCAAACAUCGUUCCUGCAUCUCCUCCAAGACUUUUGUCCAAUAAUCUGAAUAUAGACCUCAUCUUGUGUACACUGGACGAGGAGCACCAGAUGAAUUCCUCUGUCCCUCCGGUUGUCAGGGAAGCCUGGGCCAGGCAACAGAGGAUCCAGUCACUGAUAGGGGCCGGGGAAGGAUCCAACAGAUUCCUGGAUCAACACAAAGAAGAGGAGAAUGCUCAACCCCAGACUCUGAUUCAGAGAUUGGCUGAGUUCUCCAUGAAGCAGUCCGGGGAGGAUCUGACUGAUAUUGACCCAAUGACCGGAGUCAGAGCCACUGUGGACAAGGAUGCUGAUGUCAUUGAGACCGAUAACAAGUCCGAAAGUUCACUGUUUACAAGAAGGAAACCUCCUCCUCAGGAGGAGAUAGAGAAGAAAAUUACGUCUACCAGCUGUGGUACAAACACGAGUAAUAACGACGGUCCACUGAGAAUAAUUACUCCCACACCAAAGGAUAAACUGCAAGCUGAAAAAAAUCCAGAACCAAAGCGAGAAAGAGAGACGGUAUUUAUUGACCUUAGAAACCAUGACCAGAAGGUCAAAGAGCAGCAACAGAGCAUUGAGAGAGUUCAGAAAGUGCUACAGAUUACCCAGGAAGGUGAGAGUGACAGUGACUCAGAAGAUGACAUGCAGUCUUGGAUUGACCAGAGGCGGCGGAUGAAACAGACCUUGGCCUCUAAGGGUGUCAGUACUGACCUUCUGCCAAGUAAACCCAAAUUAGCAAGUUCACAGCCAUUCAAGCAUCCAAACAGAGUGAUUAAUUUGGCAGAACUGGACAAUCGAUUUGCUGCCAAAAUAAGACCAGAGGAGGCUGAAGAAGAGCUGACAGAGGAACAGAAAACUGCUAUAGAGAAAGCAAGGAAGGUCAGAGAGGAGGAGAGGGAGAGGCAGAGGAAGAUUGAGGAAGCUAGGAAACUAAGAGAAGAGCGGGAAGCAGAGCGACAGAGUCGUAUACGAUUGGCCAAGCGACUUGAAGUUCUCAGACCGACGGCUUCCGUCAGCGGUAAACAGGAUUGUGCAGAAACAACUCCUGUACUGUUCGACAUUGAAACAUCGUAUGAGCCGGCCCCAUCAACUCUUUUGCCGUUCCUUCCAUCUGAAAAAGAGGUUCUGUUAUUGACUAUACACUUGUCCAGUAACGGGGAGAUCAUUUUACACAGAGGGAAGUCCAAGAGUGUGGACACAGGUCUUGGCCUGUCAGCCUCCUAUACUGUUCUCCUGACCUGGUUAAUGUCAAUGGUCCCUGAGAAUUACGACUUCCUCAUCAAGAAGCCUGAGGAUCUGGAACAGGUGCCCUUUUACCCGCCGUUCUACGUCCUGGGGAUGCAACAGCUGUGGAUGGAUGAGAACCUCUGCUUAGUCGUGGCUGUCACCCCUCACCCGCACUGUAACACUAAGGCCAUGCCCAACAAGCAGAAAAAGUCCAAAACCAAGCUUAAGGAUGAAAUGAAGAACAACUCACCAUUCCAACAAUUCCUCGCCAAGUUCCUGUCCACUAAUACUCUCCAUACCGUGUGUCCCUGGUUACAGGCCGUGGUCCCAAUAGACAUCAGCUGUCCCACUCAAAACCCAGAGGACACAUCCACCUAUGUAUACCGGGCGCCGUUACCUAUAAUCACAACCAAGCCUCUGUCUACAUUUAUACAGAUGAACCCUGACCCUCAGGCUGCUCAAAAAGUGUUUAACACGCCUGUGGGCUUCUUCUGGCAGACAGUGGACAAUGAGGAGUCUUCAUAUGACCAUGGACUAAGUGACAGUGAGGUGAACUAUGACACCCAGGUUACUAUGUCUCUUGUGUACAAGAAGAUUUUCCAGGAGCCUCCUGCAAUGUCGGGCAUCUUUAACAAGAUUAUGCAGGAGGGACUGGACUUAUCAGGGGUCAGACUGUUGUACCCAGUUCAGGAGCUUCUUGAUAAACCAAAUGUGCCAAAUCAGACCAAUCGUGUUCAGUCUAACAUAGAGUUCUUAAACCGAGUCGGGCCUGUCUUAGCUCUGGGACUUCGGGGAACCUUUGCCCGUGCUAUCUGGCUAGAUGCUGUAGGACCGACUGAUCCAGCGCUGGCCCGUCGGACUGACCCUAACUCUCUGUGUGCUAUGUAUGGAGGUGCAUCUCGAGAUGAGUGUUUGUUGUUUACUCCCAGGAGCCCAGCAAGGGUCCACUCUGAGCUCACUCGCUGGUUUGCUGGAAGAGUGCCACCAGGUGGCGUGAUUGAUGUAGGAACACCAUAUACAAGGAAAGAUCAUCUAAGAACUGGGAGUCCCAAGGGACUGAGGACAAAGAAGAAUAUCUCAAAUGCUGAUUUAGUAGAAGAAAAAUCCCUGCCUGGUACAGGGCAGUCCAAGAAAGUCUCCUCCCAUCACAGUUUGACAGACAGUCACACUACACACCGCCCACCAGCGGGAUUGACAGCCACCACAACCAGUGAAAUCAUUCUAGUUAUCUCCCCUGUGCUACGACCUCAGUAUAUUGGUAUCAUCAUGGCUUCCUGUCAGCGGAAAGGAUUCAGGAUUAGGGGGGUCAAGAGACAGAGACUGACCUCUAAAAAGGUGGCCUGUCUAGGUAUUGAUAAUAAUUUGCUGAGGGUUUUUUGUCCUGGAGUCUCAGCUGAGGAUGUACCCUCUGCUGCCAGUAAGCAUACGGAGGCCAUCUCUCCAUGCUUCCUUCUGCUGCUGGAGAAGGAGAAUGCUGCACACAAUACUGCUAGCUUGAUCGAGUCUUGUAUGAUCCAGCUAACAUUGAAGGGACUGAUGGAAAAUAUGCAGAGUGCUGUGGACCACUGCUUAGAAUCCAAACACCUGUUUUAUUCCGCUCGGUAUUCUGAUGCGUUAUUGACCAAUCUAGGAGGGGAUUUCUCAAAGUGUAUUGACCAUGAGAUACAAGUGAAUCCAAACUUUGUGGUGCCAAAGCUGUAUACUAACCCUGAAGUGGAACAAAUUGUGAUACUUUUACUGCUGGGACACGAAAUACAGAAAAACUCAGGAAUCUUUGUGGGGAAACUUUUGGGUAUGGUUCCCUAUGGAAAGCUGCCCAGUGUGGUCCCACUGAAGGAGGGAUUUGAGUUACUUGGGAUGAAAUGGCUUUCUGGACUGACCACCUCCCAGGCCAAGGAAGUGACUCCGUGUGAAGUUGGAGAUAGAAUGUGGAAGGAGAACAUACACACUCUGAUGUCAGAACCUGCCCUUGUUUUGGCACUGAGAGGGAUUGAUGCCUUCCGUCGCUUGGGGGCAGUGAUUCCGCAGGCACAGCCAGGCAAAGGCAAAGACCCUCACAUAGAUUACGUCAUGUCACGAAAUGCUGAGGAGUCAUAUGGAUUUGCCCGGGCUUUCUUCACGGACAAGGAAAUCUUCUCCGAUCCAUCAGCAAGGCACCUGUUGAUGUAUUUACCUCAAAUUCGUCAUCACAUUCAAGGAUUUGGAUCUAGAUCUCACUCGAUAAAGACCGACGUAAAGACGGAGUCCAUGUUCGAUGUCAUGCUGUCCGGACCUCAGCCUGUUACCACUCUCCUGGUCAUCAAACCUCGGGCGGUCAAGAAACACUUGACAAAGAUUCUCCGUAAGAUUAUGCUGGAGGGCUUCAAGGUCGUGGGACUGAGGCAGGCUGUCGUCGAGAAGGAGGAGGAGUUACUCUGUCUCAUUGAUGAGGAGGGGGAACUGGAUGCUGAGAGAUUGGAUCAGCAUAAGAAGUACCUGAGUUCUGGCCCCUUACUUAUCCUGGCCCUGGAGAGAGAAAACUCCGUGAAGAAACUACUGGACCUGCUAGGGCCCUGUGAUCCCCUCAACGCUCGCAGGCAGAGCCAGUUCCUGUGGAGGGGGACAUUUGGAAUGGAUGCAGUCGUUAAUGGCCUUCAUGGCUCUAAGAAUUUCCCUCAUGCAGUGCAGGAAUUGAAGAUGUUUUUUAAGGAUGGGCUUUGCUGCAAUGAUACAGAAGAAUUGAGAGACCUGGAGAUAACGGGUCCAGCCAUUGACGAUCUGAUGGACACGUCCACUGGGGACAAACGAAUUGUCCAAGUCAGUGACAUGCGAGGGGAUACAGUUCAUUCAGCUAUUGAAAUCCAGUUAUUACUGCAGACAACAUGCAUUGUUCUGAAACCACCACUCCUGAAGAUCCACGACCGGGGACAUUAUGCGUAUGUCGAUAUUGUGGAGGAAAUUUUGAAACAAGAAUUUGAGAUAGUUGGAGCACGAAUGGUUUGGUUCACUCAGGAACAAGCUGAAGUUUUCCUUCACAUCAUCAAUGCCGGAAGUUACCAACAGGUUCCCAUGCUGCUGUCUGGGCCGGCCCUGGUCUUCGCCCUACAGAGAGACAAUGCUGUUCUUUCCUUUGACUCCAUUAUGGGAAGUGAUUUUGGUGCAGAUUCCAUUAUUGGAAGAUAUGGAGGAGGGAUAUUCCGUCCUACAGACAUCAAGCAGUCUCACCGGAUGCUGGAGUUUUUCUUUGACGAGCUGAUGCCUGGAAGUCAGAUCCAGAUUAUCCCAAAGGAAGAGUCGCACUCUCGGUGAACCAUUCUCCUCCAGGAAACAGUUCUGCCUUUGAGAUUUCUCUGACGUCAGUAUUAACCAUUAGAGUUCGAACAUUCAUCCACUUUCUCCAUUGUUGUUUUCCGAUGUUUAGAGAUUGUUCUGAUGUGGCUGAUUAAUAGCUUCAUGUUUCUUGCAUAAUGAGUACACAAAAAUUUAUUCAGUCAGUUUCAAAUUUGGAUGAAUUUGAGAUGCAAUUUGAAGAAUUGUUUAAUGUUUCGUAUUAUUUCAUCAAAAAAAGAACCGUUUUCAUUGACAAGACAGAGUUAGCCAUUGUGGAGGAUGCUAUUUUUGUAUGGGUCCUCCAACUAGCGUUUGGAUGGUCAUUAUUGCUUGUAUCUAUAUACAGCUGUGUUUAUCUUUUCAUACAUUAUUUAAGCGUAACAUGGUGUUUCACAAAGUGAUCUUCUGUUCUGAAAUGAAACUGGCACAUGUAUAUUCUAUGAAUAUAUAUAUUUACCUCAAUGUUCGUAAUUAGCAAUCUCCUUCAAUUUUGAUUUUAACGAAAAUACCCAUGAUGUACGGUAUUUAAAAGUAUUUUGUUAUAUUGAAUUGCCAUAUUUACCAUGUCUAUAUUUUAUUUUUCAAAGAAGAUUAAAGCUACUUCCUUCAUGAUUUUUUAAUAAUCUUUCCUAAACUCGACCGUUGCGAGGGCAAAGCGUUGGAUUGCAUUGGUCGUAUUGGGGGGAAAUUCCUUUGUUUAUAGAAAGAUAUCAUAAGCCUGUCAUUUCUCAUGUAUUUAUUCUAUAUGAUAUAUAUUACAUGUGUGUUUGUGUGUGUAUACUAUAUAUUUUCAAUGCAGAAUGUGAUAAAGAAAUGCCGUCCACAAUUUUUACAGUGUAUAUUAGACGUGUUUAUUUAUUUCUUGCUUUUUGUAGGUACCUAUACUUCCUUAUUGUUUGGAACCUUCACGUUUAUUAAGAUUAUUUUUUCAUAAUUCUUUGGAAUUGGUUGAUAAUUUCAUAGCUCCACCCAAGAAUAUUUAGAGAAAAUAUAAAUAAAAUAUAAGUUAAGUUUGGUGUUUUCUUUUACACAAAACACAUAUCAUUUACAUGCAUCAUAUUGAGAGUCCUUUACUUCCUUAUAUUUAAUAUUUUGGGAAGCAUAUUUUUUGUAAAAUUCUUUCGAGUGUAUUGCGGGAAAUUUCAUAUGUAUGGGGCAUUGAUUGAUAGUAUUCAAGUACAGUGUACAUGUACGCAAUUUUGAUGCUCACAGAAACCAGAUAAUUUAAAUUGAUUGUCCGACAGUGUAAACACCUUAUGUAAUAUUCAUUCUGAUUAUUCAUUCAUUAAGUAAAUGAAAAUGAGCAACCAAUGUUCCAGUGAUAAAUUUCAAAAUGUCUAGUAAAUGAUUGGGGUUUAUUUUUUCAAUGUAACACUUUUUACUUUGAAACACAGAUCUGUUCAGAAAAGCUUUGUUUUUUAUCUGUGCCAGUUCUACUUUAGUUUUAUGUUAUUGCGUGCUCAGGUUCAUCUGUCCCCAAAACACAUCAUUCCCAUUACCAUGAUGCAUACUGUGGCAUGUAAUGACUGUUUCAGUAUUUAUAUUUACUCAUCCAUUGUUCCAUUGCUUGAUCUCUGAAAUUUUGUUAUAAUCAAUAUGUGUGUGCCUUGAACUUAUUCAUACUGUGGAAUAUUCAUAAAUUAUUUUAUUUCAUUUUUAUUUUUUAAUGGAUCAAUUAAUAGAAUCUUUUAUUUGUGAAUGUUUGUAUUUUAUUGGACAAAGAAAUGUGAAGGUUACUUGAUAUAUGCCCUUAUUGAUAAUGAAAUAUACUUAAGACCGAAAGCAUGGAACCAUUCAUUGUCCCAUGUUUUCCAACUACUUCAGAAAUUGCGAAGGUUGACAUUAUUUAAUUCUUACAGGUUCGACCUAUUGUCCCAUAAUUUUUAUGUGUUAUAUUGCGUCAUUGUUUGCAUUGAAUAUACUGUGUUUUUGAUUAUUAACUGAUGGACGAUUGAGUACAUUAAUAAACACGUAGUGACCUACUACAUG